UUGAUAACGAUUAUUAAACAAUCACAACUUGAUUCUCGGUUAAUAAUGUUAAAAUAAACAAUAAUAUUUAUUUUUAUAUAUUUUACUAUGAAUUAUUAAUACCUCUUGAAAGUUUCUUACCGACAUCCUUCAAAGUGUUAUUCAGUAUUGAGCCUUCAGUGUUCACAUCCCCCUUAAAAUAUAUUGAUAUUACAUUAUCGGAAAUGCGAAAUUGAAUCCAACUUACCAUUAAUUAGUAUGAUAUAAAAGUAAACCGUAAAUUAUGUCUUACAGUAAAAGAUUUUCAAUCGACGAUGCUUUCGAAGAUGAACCAAUUGAUGAUAUAAAAGUGUAUGUGUCUAGUUUAGGAAACUCACCUUUACAAUCUCCUGGACAAACCAAAUUAACUAAUUACGGUGGUAUUGAAAAUGAAUCUAUUUCAAGAACAAAAAAAUUUGAAGAUGCAUUAUCUCGGGACAGUGAUUCGUUGAUUUAUAAUUCAACAGCGAAUUCCAACCAAAAGAAUUGGUGUUGGCACCAUCCUCAAGUACGAGAGAAUUGGCGUGUGGUUUUAGCUGCUGCCAUUUUAUUCUUCAUUGGAACUGUAUUAUUAUCCGUGGCUAUUAUUGUGCAGUUGACUCCAAACACAGAUUAUCAUCCAAUAGUAUUUUUCAUCGCUGGCUUCAUAUGUUUUAUACCCGGAGCAUACCAUGUUGUGUAUAUAUAUCUAGCUGCUAGGGGACAUCCAGGUUACAGUUUUUAUAGUUUAUCUUUAUUCAACUGAGUGUUGUGAAUAAUCUUGGCGAGAACAAAGUAACAUGUAGUAAAUGUAUUAUCUAUUUAUGUGUAAGAUAUUAUGAAGACAAUGUUACGACCAGUGGCAUAAUUUAUUGUGCAUGCCUUCAGUCCCUGAAAUGUAUGCUGAAUUUUAUGAAACAGGGAAAAUGUAUUUUCAGGGCCUUUGAGUUUGAUCUGAUGUUGGGAUGUGUAUUAGAUGUUUUGUAAUAGUAAGAAAGUAUUCUUUCCUUGAUUCACACUUUAUAUUAUAUCAUUAGUUAUUACUGUGGUUCUUAACCUCCUUAUGUCCUUUACAUGUUUUCUAUUUCAUAUUUUGAAGGAACAUAACAAAAAAUAUAUAAUAUUUAUCAUUUUUAUUUCUCUUACUGUAUAUUUUGACAAAAUAUAACAAAAAAUCAAUACUAUUUAAAAAUUAAAAGUUAUAAUUCAAUGUAAUUUUAUAGUAUAAGGAUUAAUAGAUGACAAUGCUACUCUUCUCCUUCUAGUAAAAAGCAUUUCUCUUUUGUGUUAAUGUUUGAAAGUAAGGAAAACCCUUUUUAAAAGCAUACUAAAUAAGAAAUUGCAACAAAACUAUCAACACAUUUUUUUGAUAUUCUUCUUCGAUUGAUAUCCAAAAUUCUUCAAGCUAUAUUUCUGGACAUUUAAAUUUAAGACCAUAAUCAGCAUAAAUAAAUUUCAUAUAUAUGGUUUUGAGUAAUUAAUUCCUCAACUUUAUAAGAACGCAAUUUGUGUUUAUAGGAUACUGUAACUUUUUUCUCAUAAUAUUUUACUUUGAUUGCGGAUCCGUCACUCACGAGUUGUUUAAUAUAAUUCUGAUCUUAUGAUUUAAGAUGGCCAUAGUUUGUACUUAAAUGCUGUUUUAAUUUACUUGGGACCAUCGAAACAUCGAAAGUUUUUUAUCACACACAACAUUCAAUGGAUUCAUUUAAGGGUUUGUGGCUCAAUCAAUUGUAUUUAGACAGUUAACACCAUCAUUAACAUUUUUAUCUUCAAUUGUACAUUUUAAUAAUGCAUCUAUCCAUUUUAUUACUAAACACUGUUUUCCAUACCAAUUUACUUUAAAACAACAUUGAUAACUAAUAAUUUGAAUGUUAUAUUUGUUACCUUGGUUUUUUAGUGGUAAGUUUCAAUGCAUAUAAUAAUCAUUACUAACAACAAAAACUAAAAACACUAUUUUGCUGCAGAAUACUGGUUGAGAACCACAGUAUUAUUAGAUCAAUAUGGAAUUCAAUAAAAUGUGAUCCAUAAUUUGUGUGUUAUUCAAAUGAAACGUGUCUAAAACGGAAUUGCAUGGGACCAAAGUAGUAAUGGGUAUUUAUUUUCUGAUGAAAAAUAACUGAACUAAAUCCGAAAACAUUUUUUUGUUGUAUAAUGUCUUAUCCCAAUAUUUCGAUGGCACUAUUUACUGUACACAUUUAAAUAACGUUUGUUAUUAUUUCGCAGAAUAAACCUUUUCACUAAUAUUUAUAACUAUUAUAAUGCAGAGUCCACACAAAGUCCACUUUUUGUUUUUAAAAACAAUUAAAUUGUCCCGUCUAUUUUGGAAAAAGUUGAGUUUAUGUUAUGUUUUUUUUCUUUUCCUGUGUGGAUCUGGCAUAAUGUUCUUCUGAUUUACUGAUAUGAUGUUAUCUUUCUGCAUUGUAGAGAAGUUAUGUUAUCCCAAAUUUAUUUAGGUACAUUCUACUUUUAACGUUCUUAUAACACUAGGACCAAAAAUAAUUCCAUCUUUGACAAUUUUCUAUUUAAUUUAAAUUCUAGAGUAUUUUUAUUUUUGAAUAGAGCUAGAUCGUGCCAAAAAUUAACACAGUCCAUGGUUAAAAUAUUUAUUUAUUUAUUUAUUAAUUGAAAUACGGGACGUGCCCAAUUACAAGAAUCAAAAAUACAUAACAUAAAAUAGGAAAUUUACAUAAAUUACAAGAAUACAAAUACAAUUAGGAUAAAGAGCAAAUAGACAUAAUACCAUAACAACUAUGAACGUUGCAUAAAUUACAAAAUACAAUUAAAAUAUAAAAAAAAAAAAAUAGAACAACAGAUAAUAAUUUAUUG